CUACACCUUUAUUUCUUGGGUGAACCAUCUCUCUCUCUCUCUCUCUCUCUCUCUCUCUCUCUCUCUCUGUGCACUUAUUUAUAUUCUAUUACUCUUCUAGCCAGAGUGCCAAAUCAAGAAGAUCUUACUCUUCUUUUGUUCUCUUGCACCGUUCCAUGGCAGACCCUUGCUCUAAUCUUUUCACUGGAUGGUUCAACUUUAUGCCUACUCAUUCUCAUUACACUACUGCUUUCACUCCUUACUCAAAUCGCUCUCCCUAUAGUUUCAAUCUCUACUCAAACAACCACAUCUUCAACAACAGAUCUUCCAUUCAAUAUCAAACCUACUAUCCCCCACCUCCUCCUCAGAAGGAAUCUCCUCCUCCUCCUCCUCCUCUAAUAGAGUACUUAUGUCCCUCAAGACAACAAGAAGAGAACCACGAAUCCUCUAGUAAUUCCAUGGAAGAGGACAGGAACAUUAACAAGAAAUAUGAUGGUGGUGGUGAAACUGUGACCGUGGCUCUACAUAUAGGCCUCCCUAGCCCUAGUUCUGAUCUGGGUUCUAGGGUUUGUUCCCACCCAUCAACAGAAGAAGGAAGUAGUGCAGUAUCAGGGGGUUACCCAUUGCAGAAACUAAUCAAGGGUCAAUAUUGGAUCCCUACUCCUUCUCAGAUUCUCAUUGGUCCUACACAGUUUUCAUGUCCUGUUUGCUUCAAGACUUUUAACAGAUACAACAACUUGCAGAUGCAUAUGUGGGGACAUGGAUCUCAAUACAGAAAAGGACCUGACUCAUUAAGAGGAACCCAACCAACAGGAAUGCUGAGACUCCCAUGCUUUUGCUGCGCACCAGGGUGCAAGCACAAUAUUGAUCACCCAAGAGCAAGACCACUCAAAGACUUUAGAACACUCCAAACUCAUUACAAGAGAAAGCAUGGAAUCAAACCCUUUAUGUGCAGAAAAUGUGGCAAGCCAUUUGCUGUUAAAGGUGAUUGGAGAACCCAUGAAAAGAAUUGUGGCAAAAUCUGGUAUUGUAUUUGUGGGUCUGACUUUAAGCACAAGAGGUCUCUGAAAGACCACAUCAAGGCCUUUGGUAAUGGCCAUGCUGUUCUUGGUAUUGAUUCUUUAGAAGAAGAGGAAGAACUAGCUUCUGAACAUGAUGAAGAGUCCUCAUUGUGAGACCUAAUUAUAGAAGGAAAAUCGAGUUUUACAUCAAUAUGAGAUUGGGUGCCAUCAUAUCAGCACUAAUACGAGAUCUCAUAAAUGAAUAUGGGAUUGUCAUGAGCGUAUUGUUUAUUAUAUAUGGUUUGUUCAUGCUUGGUAAUUUAGAAGGAUGCUCAUUUUUCUUUGCUUGUGUAUCUUCCUUUCUGGUAUUGUUAUUUUCCAUAUGAUUAUAUUAAUUAGGCCAUGUAUAUGUAAAUAUAAAUAUAUAUUUAAUAAAUUAAGGAUUGAAAA